GGAAGAGUGGAGCGCGAUCCUUUGGGGAAUCGGGACGGACCGUGAUUGGUCGGUCUCUCUCGUUACGGUGAGGCUGAGGCUGAGGCGGAGAUUGAGAGAGACCAACCAUGAUACGACGAAUCACCGAGAGAGCUUCUGGUUUCGCUAAGAAUAUUCCGAUUCUCAAAUCGUCUCGAUUUCACGGCGAGUCCCUCGAUUCCUCCGUCUCCCCUGUUCUCAUUCCCGGCGUCCAUGUCUUCCAUUGUCAGGAUGCUGUUGGGAUUGUAGCUAAACUAUCAGAUUGCAUAGCAGCAAAAGGUGGCAACAUUCUUGGCUACGAUGUUUUUGUUCCUGAAAACAACAACGUCUUCUACUCUCGCAGCGAGUUUAUCUUUGAUCCGGUUAAAUGGCCGAGAAGCCAAGUGGAUGAAGAUUUUCAAACUAUUGCACAAAGAUACGGUGCCUUGAAUUCAGUUGUGCGUGUGCCUUCUAUUGAUCCUAAGUAUAAGAUAGCUCUUCUUCUUUCAAAACAGGAUCAUUGUCUUGUCGAAAUGUUGCAUAAAUGGCAGGACGGGAAACUCCCUGUGGAUAUUACCUGUGUGAUAAGCAAUCAUGAAAGAGCUUCAAACACUCACGUUAUGCGGUUUCUUGAGAGGCAUGGCAUCCCUUAUCAUUAUGUAUCUACAACUAAAGAGAAUAAAAGAGAAGAUGAUAUUUUGGAAUUGGUUAAGGACACUGAUUUCCUAGUUCUUGCUAGAUAUAUGCAGAUUUUAUCGGGUAACUUUUUGAAAGGUUAUGGAAAGGAUGUAAUCAACAUCCACCAUGGUCUCUUACCAUCAUUUAAGGGUGGAUAUCCCGCAAAACAGGCAUUCGACGCUGGUGUGAAACUAAUUGGAGCCACUAGUCACUUUGUUACCGAGGAACUUGAUUCAGGGCCAAUUAUUGAACAAAUGGUUGAGAGUGUUUCCCACCGAGACAACUUAAGGAGCUUUGUCCAGAAAUCCGAGGACCUAGAGAAAAAAUGCCUCACGAGAGCUAUAAAAUCUUACUGCGAACUAAGGGUAUUACCUUAUGGUACAAACAAGACUGUUGUAUUCUAGUUAAGAAAGCAAUAACUACGAUUCUCAUCUGAUUCUUUGUUUGAACAUCUCAAGAAAAGGAUUCUCUAUCGCAUGCGAUUGCUGAGACUCAGAGAUUCCAGAGAGCAUUUGGCAGCCUCGAGGCAACUUACUAAGCGGAGAUUAGACUGAAUCCCAGCAACCCAUCUCUGCUUCUGAAUCUUGCUCUUGCACUUGAACUCUAAAAGACCCUGUCCUGUUUUCAGACCAAAAUAGACUUCUUCGGAAUUUUCCCUCUCUUUCCUGCAAGGCCAUGCAGAUAUCUCGUCGCAGACUCCAUAAACAACACCUUUGAAAGCAACAACAAGCUUCAGACUUCCGUGUUUCAAGUAAUUUCCCUAACUCUUGAAAGAAUAAAAAAAUGCUUACAUUUGAUCUUCUUGGAGAAUGCCCCUCCAACAUGUUUGCUUUUGAGUUUGAUCAUGACCUGAGAAAUUCAUAGAGGUUAAGUAACUAAGUAUAGAGA